CAAAUAUCGUCGCACAGGACAGACGUGAGAUCCGCGCCACCCAAUGACACACAAAAGAUGCAAGAGGGGUCAACGUCCAACAUUCUUGAUCUCGUAUUAUACGGUAUUAUACGGCAUUACAUCGUCACAAGGCAUGCCUUGUCUGUCGUCUGCUCGUCUAGUCGUCUAGUAUAACAUCCGUUUCCGCCCUGCGCCAAAUCCCGCUGCGCGCCUCUUGGUCAUGGUAUGUCACGUAACGGUCGUCUAACCUCCACAUUACGCCAAUCAAUCCGCGUCCACCACCACCGACCUAUAUCAAUACGAGGCCCGCUACCCCGAACCCGAUCAAGGCGACGAUGGAUCCUCCUAGACCCGGCCGCCCCGCUGCGGCAGUUGGCACGACGUCCGGGUCGUCGGUCGCCGUGGUAUCUGCAACGGGGGUGGAAGGCGCCGCUGUGUGACAAGUCGGAUGUUAGCCUCCAACCAACCCGACACGCGAAAGCAAAGCAACAAGAGGAACGGCGGCGCGUACAUUCGCUCGAGCGAGUGUCGGUCGGUGAUGACUCGCUCGCGGCCUCUAUAGCCCGGAACAGAGCGUCUGGCGUCCUCGCGGGCGGGGCUGCGUCUAAACCAAGCGCUGCGACUCUGUCGACACUGGGAAGUUCGUGUGAGGCGGGUGUGAUGGCCUGCGUGGCCGUAGCAAGGCCUGCGAUGGUGAGUGGCAGGGCCACGCAGGGGCGCAUGGCGAGGGGCUGGAUUAUUUCGAGGCGGGGAAGGAUGGCUAUUGGAAGAAAGAAGCCGUAACGAUAGUAGGACGCUCGAGUUAUUAAUCGCGACGACAAGUUGAGCAGCCCCGUGGCGCCAGCGCGCGUCAAGGUGGCAUAGCAGAGAGGAUUACGGAUUAUUUGUGAGCAGUCAACCAUGUAUAUUAAAGGUCGA